AUGAAAGUGCUCAACGACGUUAUAGAGGAGAGCAUCCAGAACCUGACCAGAACCAUGGUCCUCCGUGAAGACGCCGCCAAGGCCACCUAUACACAGAAAGUGGACUUUGCGAAGCUACGCUCAGAGCUGCUCUCCGCCGACAGCAGCGAGUCCAACACGACGCGGGCCGCCCACGAGCGCCUCACCAACGACAUCGCAAAACUAAGCUCACGGUUGCGCGACGAGAUUGGACGGACACAGGCAAGCGUACGGUUAGAUCUGAACUUGGAAAAGGGCCGCAUACGAGAAGAGGCGGUGUCGCAGGAGCUCAAGAUCAAAGAGACGGAGACCAAGAUCGAACAGGAGGUCGCUGGUCUACGGCAGCAGCUUGAGCAGGUCAAAUUUCAGACUCUGCAAUGGCUGAUCGGUGUGUGCACCGGUUUCGCCGCGCUCAUGCUUGGUGCUUGGCGUCUAUUGAUGUAA